AUGAGAGGCUCUACAGCUCUCGCAUCCUUUGGCCUGCUGCUGCUGCUGCCAGGGCGGUGCGCCGCCUCCGCCCCCGCGCUGGCGGGCACCAAUACCUCCGCCUGGGCAGAAGACGGCCCGCUGUGCCUCCAGUCCUGCAAGGACAGCCUCUGGCGAAUUCCCUUUGGCGACGUCCCCGAGGAGACGCGGCCUGCGCAGAAACUAUGCACGAGUCGUCUGGAGCUGCGUUCCAUGUACCUAUGUUUUGGCCUCUACUGUCUGCCUGAGGCGAAGGAUCUAGCCUACGGAGAAUUGUAUGAGACAUGUCUCGCGCAAGAGGGCGUGAGCAUUCCGCCGCUGGACAUUGUCGCUGGAUACACGCGAGAGCAGAUCGGCGAGAUGGACCGCGUGAAUCGGGGCGAUACGUUUGCGCCCGGCGACAAGGUCGAUCAAUUGAUGAUUCCUUCCAGCGCGCUCUUUGCCGCGUGGUACAGGACGUUGGACGGAUACAAAUAUGUCAGAUUUUAUCAUGAUAAUUAUGAAUACGCCACCUUGCUCUUCUGGGUCGUCGUGGUCGCUUUUGGCGCCGCUUACCGACUCUUCAAAGCUAUUGCCUACAUAUUGAGCCCCAAAAUUCCACUGACCUCUGGAAACGGAGUAUAUGGCUCGGCGACGCGAUGGCUGCAAAGAAAAGUGAUUCUCCCAGCGACAUUUGGCCAUCGCUGCGCACAGAGCAUAUGGUGGUGCACGAUCCCACCGCGUGUCCAAACCCUCACUAUAGCUGCCUUUGCUACUAUUAACAUUGUAUUUUGCGUUCACGGCUAUCGCCUGACUGCCGUAAAUCUCUAUUUCCCGACAAUCGAAAGGCAGAUUCUCCGCUACGUAUCGGAUCGCACAGGCAUCAUCUCGUACGCCAAUUUUCCCGCUAUAUGGCUAUUUGGAAUGCGCAAUAAUGUCGCCUUGUGGCUGACGGGGUGGGACUUUGGCACCUACAAUAACUUUCAUCGCUGGGUGGCGCGGAUCGCGACCGUUCAGGCCGUGGUGCACUCGGUCGGCUACACCAUCUUGGUCUUGCAAGGCGGCUGGGAGAAAUUCGCAGCCUACUUUACGAGGUGGUGGUGGUGCGCUGGAGAGAUUGCGACCGUCGUCAUGUGUUUGCUGCUCGCAUGCUCCGUUUACUGGAUGCGACGGCAAAGAUAUGAGCUGUUCCUCAUCCUGCACAUUGUCAUGUCGGUCGUCAUCUUGGGCACCAUGCUGGGCCACGUAUCCAUCUUUGGUGGCGAUUAUGACGGGCCGUUUUGGGCCGCCGUCGCCCUCUGGGUCGUGGAUAGAGCCGUGCGCCUCGUUCGCGUGUUGCUUUUCAAGCCCAAGUCAUGGUCGACGCGGGCCUCUGUGACCUAUGACGUAUCGUCGAAUAUAGUGCGUCUGCUGAUCCCAGCGGGGGAGAAGAUGUACAAAGUCCGCCCAGGAACAUUCUACUACCUGUCCGUACUCGAUGUGGCGCGCAGCUGGGAGAGCCACCCGUUUACGGUGGCAACUGUCCGUCGAGGAGAUUCUCAAGUGGAACAAGCGCCUUUGCUCGGCACGGCUACUGAAGCUCUAGACGUGGAAGAAACAGAGGGCAAGAUCGUGUCAGAGCCGGCAUACAUGACGUUUCUCAUCCGGCCAUACGACAGCUUCACGGAGCGCCUCAAAGACUUGGCUGCCGCGAAGCAGGAACCUUCGACAGUGCGCGUGCUGGUGGACGGCCCAUACGGACACACGCUCCCGCUGCAACGAUUCAGCCAUGUCGUAUUCAUUGUCGGCGGCAGUGGUGUCGUCCUACCCCUGUCAUAUCUCAACCUUUUGACAAAUGAAGCCGAGAACCAGCCAUCUGUAGACAUUCGCUGGGCCGUGCGCGAACCAGCAUUUGCCAGAGAUGUACUCGUCAACGAAAUGUCAGACGCCUUCUCCAACGAGCGCAUCUUUGUCAACUUGUACGCCCUACCGCGCGGCCAUAAUAUCUUGGAGGAUCUGUCGAGUCUCGUGAAAGAGCAUAUUGAGGAGCACCAUGGUCGGCCGGAUGUUCAUGGCAUCGUGGCGUCCAAGUUGGCUGAGCAGGGCAUCGACAGUCUUGCUGUGGUGGUCUGUGGUCCGGCUGGUAUGGCUGAUGAUGCGCGGAAAGCCGUCGUGGAUGCCUUGGCGCACGCACCAUUUAGCAUUGAAUAUUUUGAAGAGCAUUUCACUUGGUAG